AUGCCGCCUCGACCAGCUGCUCUUCCCCCCUCGGACGCUGCAGCUGUCCUGCUAGCUCGUCUGAGGGAGGACCAAGACCGCGUUCAUACUGUUCGCCUACCCCGCGGAACCGUUCAUGCACAAACAUCAGCUAGCCCCAAUAGCCAGCAUCUUCCUCAAGGGCUCCAAAUCUUGAGAGGAGUUGGCGUGAUCGAACUUUUGGAACAGGAUGAGCGUCCAACUUUCAUCAUCGAUCUCGCGAAUCCUGUCAACGUGCAAAAGUCAGGACUGCAUUUGCUAUACGCCAAUGCGGCGCUCAGGGCCUCCGUGGGUGUCUUGGAAUUACUUUCUGUGGAGGGUGACGAUGUCAUCAAGAAUCCCGACUAUAUCCACUUCAAAACAUGGGCCACGAGCUUUGUCUUGAACCAUGAAUCCCUUGACGUUUGCCUUCCUUCUCACAGCUAUGGCGGCAUCACAUGGACAUGCUCGACCUUACGCAAACGAUUUCGCUUCGUGAGUGGCAAUGCUAGCGCCGUAUCAGCACCAGCAGACUCCCCUGUUCCGUUGGCCGAUGAAUCAGCAGUACUGGAACAGCGGAGUAGAGGGCCGACACCAACUCAGCCAUCAAUUGUGCCCAUGGAUGACGAACCCGAUUACUUUGGUGAUAUGGAAGCGGAGCCGCAUGAGAUGGAUGAUACACCAAUUGUCGUUGACGACUGUGUGAUGAUAGACAGUGGCGAAAAGUAUCACACCGACGAGUUCACCCAACAGGUCUUCCAAGCAGCGAUGAUGAGGCCAUCAUUCGAUUGGACCCGCAUUCAAACGACUCCGGAUUUGAGUGAACACAUCCUAUUCUGUCGCAACACUGAUUGGGCCUCCACACCAUUGGGUCCGUUGGGGCACUGGAGUUCAGAAUUGAGGGCCAUGGCCAACAUGGUUAUGGGUAGUCCCCACCCUGCGGCCAUGUACUGGGGACGGGACAAUGUCGCCAUCUACAACGAGGCCUACAUUGAGCUUGCCGGACAAAAGCACCCUCAACUCAUGGGCAUGCGAUAUCAGGACGCAUGGAAAGAGAUCUGGUCGGAUAUCGAGCCUUUGUUCAACAAUGCUUGGACAAAUGGGCAAUCAAUCAUGAAGAACGACAACCAGCUAUUUAUCCUUCGACACGGAUUCCUCGAGGAGACGUUCUUCUCAUGGUCAAUCAUCCCAUUACUGGGUUCCGAUGGCCAGGUGGUCGGACUCUACAAUCCGGCUUUCGAAAAUACCCGCCGCAAGGUCAACGAACGCCGGAUGUUGACUUUACGAGAGGUGGGCGAGAAGACAGCAGCUGCUAAGGACGUCAGAAGCUUCUGGCCGCGGGUCAAGGAAGGAUUGGAGUUCAACGACUUGGACGUACCGUUUGCUCUCAUCUACUCAGUGAAGGAAGACAAUAGCGAGAGUGAAGUAUCUUCUAUGCACUCUGGAAGCAUAGCACACCCACCAUUAUUACACCUCGAAGGCAGCUUGGGCGUUCCAGAGGGACACCCAGCUGGGCUAACCCAGCUCGACCUAAAGUCAUCAGACGAUGGCUUCGCUCCCUAUAUGCGCCAGUCUAUGACGAUGCAAGGUGCACCUAUUAUUCUCUCGUCGGAAGCUGGGAACCUGCCAACAAAGUUGCUUGAAGGCUUGGAGUGGCGAGGCUUCGGUGACCCGAGUAAGACUAUUGUUAUCUUGCCUGUCCACCCUACCACAGCCGGCGAGUCUGUCGUUGGCUUCAUCGUCUUGGGCACCAACCCCCGUCGACCCUAUGACGAAGACUAUCAGCUUUUUAUCCAUCUCUUGUCGAGACAACUUGCGACUUCUAUGGCAUCGGUUGUUCUUUUCGAAGAGGAGAUCAGACGAGGACAGAGGGCUGCUCGCUUGGCCGCGAUGGAUCGCCAAGAAUUGCAAAUGGAACUCUAUUUGAGAACACAAGAGGCAGUCGAAAGCGAAUACAAGUUCUCGCGAAUGGCAGAAUUCGCACCGGUCGGUAUGUUCAUUGCUAAUGACAAAGGCCUCAUCAACUUCGCCAACGACAUGUGGUGGCAAAUAUCGAGGCAUCCCAGAACAGAAGACAGUGUCAACACGUGGAUGCAAAGUGUGAGGGAUGAAGAUCGAUCGGGCGUCGAACUUGCUUGGAGGAAGCUCAUUGAAGACAAGGAAGCCAUCACCAUUGAGUUCAGGUUCAAGUGCAGCCGCCAGAAUGGAAUGAACACCAUCGAUACCUGGGUCCUGCUGAGUGCUUUCCCAGAACAGACUCAAGAGGGCUACCUGAAGAGUAUCUUUGGUUGCAUCACCGAUAUCUCGCCGCAAAAAUGGGCCGAGGACUUCCAGAAGCAACGCAGAGAAGAGGCAGUCGAGCUCAAACGCCAACAAGAAAACUUCAUCGACAUCACCAGUCAUGAAAUGCGCAAUCCAUUGAGUGCGGUCCUCCAGUGUGCUGAUGAAAUUGUCAACAGUAUCACAGAGUACCGCGCUCAACCGCAGGAUCCUACGCAACUCGAUACUCUGUUGGAAAGCUGCACCGAAGCCGCCAGCACCAUCAACUUAUGCGCCAGCCAUCAGAAACGUAUUGUCGAUGACGUGCUCACCCUUUCGAAGCUCGACUCGCAACUUCUGCUUGUGACACCUGUCGACUCGCAUCCGGUCACGAUUGUCAAACACGUCAUCAAGAUGUUCGAGUCGGAGUUGAAUACACACGAGAUAAAGCUGGAUUUCUCGGUAGACAAAGCCUAUAGCACUCACGCUGUCGACUGGGUCAGGCUGGAUCCAUCUAGGCUGAGGCAGGUUCUAAUCAACCUCAUGACCAACGCUAUCAAGUUCACCCAAGGCCGCGAGAAGCGCGAGAUCACCAUGAAGAUGAGCGCAUCCAAGAAUAUCACCGAGGUUACCCAAAAAGGAGUGUCGUAUUUCCCGACCCGCAAAGAGAAGGAGGACGUUCGGGCUUUGACCCAGGAGAAGGAUUGGGGCACAGGAGAGGAGAUCAACCUCCAUUUCUCAGUCCAGGACACAGGCCCUGGUCUCCGCGAAGAUGAGAAAAAGCUUCUCUUCCAGCGGUUCUCCCAGGCCUCACCCCGCACCCACGUGCAAUAUGGUGGCUCGGGACUCGGUCUCUUCAUCUCUCGCAUGCUUGCCGAACUACAGGGUGGACAGAUUGGUGUUGUUUCUGAAAAGGGAAUCGGCAGCACUUUCGCGUUCUAUGUCAAGUGUCGCAAGACGGAAUCCCCUAAUCUGGAGUCGCCGUCUCUCUCAGCACUUAACUUGGCGCAACCGAUCAAGAGCGAACCAACUUCCGCACCAUCGACGCCUCCACUCACAGCCCUGCCUAGAAGGGCUUCCAUCAAGAAGCCGGUUGUUCCUGCGACGCCGCUGUACGAUGUGUUGAUUGUGGAGGACAAUAUUGUUAACCAGAGGGUUCUGCGGAAGCAACUCACAAGCUGCGGCAACACUACAUACGUCGCUAAUCACGGAGGCGAGGCCCUCGAACAGCUCAAGAAGUCCCGUUUCUGGGCUGGCAACGAGGCUGAGGGCUUUGAUCUCAGCGUCAUUUUGAUGGACCUUGAGAUGCCGGUCAUGGAUGGUAUUACGUGUACGAAGCGUAUCCGUGAACUGGAGAGGGAAGGCACUCUGACUAGGCAUAUACCCAUCAUCGCUGUCACGGCAUACGCGCGGCCAGAGCAGAUUGAGAGCGCGAAAGCUGCCGGUAUCGACGACGUGAUUUCGAAACCUUUUAGAAUACCAGACUUGCUGCCUAAAGUGAAGGAAUUAGUUACGAUGUACAACGCACCACCUACUACCGAGGCCGUGCCCCUGGCUUGA